AUGGGAGACGGCCUUGGUACCGAAGCUUGCCCUUCCGAGGCCUCUAGCAUCUCCGCGGCCUCGGACGGAGAUGAAAACAAGAAGAUGAUGAUCAUGAAGAUGAAAAUGAAAGAACCCGAAGUACCGGAACAAGUUCCUGGAUCGAGUUCUCGUUUGUUGCUUGAUCUUAAGCUUUCGAACGGCAAAUCGAUCGGCGGUUCGAAGCUCGAACUCAAUCUUUUCGACACUCUGAGCCCUGGCUCCGGUUUAAAGUCCAAUAUCAACGAGCCUUCCGAUGAGAAGAACGAGCAGACUAGGGUUUUCUCAUGCAACUUUUGCAAGAGAGAGUUCUCAACGUCUCAAGCGCUUGGAGGGCACCAAAACGCCCACAAACAAGAGCGUGCCUUGGCGAAACGACGCCAAGGGAUUGAUCUUGGGGCUCUUAGUAGCUCACACUACCCUUACUAUCCCUAUUAUUCAAGCUUUUCUCCGGCCCACUCUAAUUUGUACGGAUCUAACUUUAGGUCAUCGCUUGGGGUUCGGAUGGAUUCCAUGAUUCACAAGCCUAAUUCGGCCUAUUCGUGGUCGGGGUCGGCCACCGGUGGUUACCGGUACGGUCACGAGAUUGCCGGUACUAGUACGUGGUCAAGGCAAGCCGCCGCGAUGAACUCGCACCGCCCUAUCGACCAUAGGCUGAGCACGGAUGGCUUUCAGGCUCGCAAUAUUGGUGGUGGGUUGGGGCUUGGAGGGAAUAUUACUUGUGGUGUUACUUCUUCAAGGAUUGAAGAAAAUGGUGCCCUAAGGAAUAACUUUGGUGUUUCCGGUACAAAUGUUGGAGUAAAUCCGGCAAUCGGCGGUGCUGAUCUUGGGCGGCGUGGCGUCGAACCUCUGAAGAAAAAUCAUUCCGACGCUCCGGCAGGACUUGAUUUGUCUCUCAAGCUUUAG